GAUGCCAGCACCGUUCUCUUCUCGUCAUGCGCAGGCGUCAGAGCAAAUUCUUUGCCGUGAUAAUAGUAGGUCCUUAUGUACAGUAUACUCAUUUGGUCCCGUUCAGGCAUAUCAGCUGAGCUCGCUGCCCUCGAUUUGGCCCGAUGACUUCUUGAUGAAAUGAGACUGAGCACGUUUCUCGGGUCCCUUGUUCUCAAAAAUAUACACCCAACGUAUUGUCAGCGUGUGAGUAGCCACCUCGACUCGGUGAGUACUAAUAAGCUCUGCCAGUGCGGAUAUUGACUUCUGCAUCUGCCCACCAUCGUCCACGACACUGACCUGGAGUUCGUCCUUUAUGACUACCGACCAAGCUACCGACGAUCAAGUAUGGGCGAAGCUCGCCAGCGUCAAGGCCGCGGGAGCGGAGUUCAACUCUGAGAACGAGAGUCGCACCUUCUCCCGGUGUCUCGAAGGGACUCGAGCUCAGCUCCUCGAUACCUUGUGUACAUCCAUGGAGAGAGGCGAUAGGAAGUUGCUCUGGCUUUUUGGAGAGGCGGGGUCAGGAAAAUCCAGCGUCGCUUAUACGGUGGCAGAUCGUUUGCGCCGCAAGGACCAUCUCGCGGCCACCUUUUUCUUUUCACUCAAACACACAGAUCUCAACGACACCAGCCUCAUUUACAUCACACUUGCUUAUCAGAUUGGAAAACGAAACCUUAUAUUGGAUGCCGCGGACGAAGGCGGGCCUCGUAUUAAACCCACCGUCCUUGCCCUAGCAGAACUUCUUCGCGACCCUACCAUCCCUAUAUCUCAUAUCUUGAUAACCAGCCGACCUUACGCCCCACUUGUCACCAUUUCACAAGGCCAAAGUUUGGUAGACCUCGUCUCGCCAAUCCAUAUCGAGGACUAUAGAGCCACUCUGGAUGUACAGAAAUUUCUCCAAAAGUCCUUCGACGAGAUAUAUGACCUUCGCAACCUUCAUGUUCUUCGUAAUAAACCAUGGCCGUCUCAGCCCGUCCUUAGCUCGUUAUCGCAGCGGAUUCAAGGACGAUUUAUCGUUGCAGCUACAGUCGCUAGGCUUGUUGGGGGAGCAGAACGGCCCGACGAUCGCCUGAAUCUCAUCUCGAACAUGUACGCAGGGGGCGUCGGCGCCAUGGCCUUCAAUCUCGACAGCAUCGACUCCGUUUACCGCUUCAUCCUUUCUGACUGCGAGCCCGCAGACCGGCGCUCCGGUGUCGAGUGCCUGUCUGACAUCAUAGCGUUGCGUGUGCUCUUGUCCACGUCGACUGUCUGCUCGCUUUUCGGGGUCGAUAUCCGGCAACACACCAAUCACCUCUCUGCUAUCAUCCACGUCCCUCCCAUGGCGCCCAACAACGAGUCCAAAGUAACUACCUAUCAUGCGUCUUUGAGGGACUACCUCUGGGAUGACUCUCGCUCGCUCGAGCUUCAUGUUACUCCGAGAAGUUCGCAUUCUCGUUUGCUCGUUAAAUGCUUCAGGCUUGGCUUGCAGCAAAGGCGAAAUAGGGAGGUUGGCCGGGUAAUCGGUAUUGGACGUACCACCUCGCUCGAGCGGAGCCAAAUGAUGAAAUCCGAGCGCUCCUCGUUGGAUUUUUAA